AUGUUCGAGACUCUGUUAACAUUACUUGGUAAAGCAUCUAUGACCAGUAAUUAUUACGAUCAAAUUAGGACUAUUUGUCAGCAGAUUGAGAUUUUGAAGUGGCUUUUGACACCGAUUCAAUUUACGCCCAUCACUCAUUUUGACCCAAAAGUUCACAGAGUAGAUCAAAAAGCUAAAUUAUAUCUCCAACAAGCAUCUUUGGAUGUUCAAAGUAUGAUUACAAUCGAGGUCGCUGCAGAUGGCAAUUGCCUUUAUAACUCCAUCAUAUACUUGAGUGGAAAUACAUUAUCAACACCUAGCGAGCUGAGAGUGCGAAGUUUAAUCGAACUUGUCAAGGAUGAAAACUUCUAUCACAAUCGCUUUGCUCAUAUUGUUGGGCCAGUUAAUGAAGCCAUAAAAAAUAUCGCUCGCAAUUUUUCAUUCUCGGAACUUUAUGAAAUUGCUGCAUUGAGCAAUGUUCUCAAAUGCAACAUACAGAGUGUAUAUCCUACAAUUGCUUAUCGUUCUGAUCUAAACAUCAUGAAUAAUACUUUUGAACAUGCUCAGUGCAGCAUUGCGUCAGAAACAAUUUGUCUAUUUUGGACACAUACCGAAAGCGAAAUCGAGGCACGUAGAAGUAAUGCUGGUAACUGGUCGCCUAAUCAUUUUGUGCCACUUUUGCUUCCAUCAGACAAUUCUCAGAGUCAAAAUCACCUUCGUCAAUCGAAAAUCUCUGGUUCAGCCUCGACACCAACUAAGGCAACAACGAAAAACAAUACACUAACUCAAGUACGCCUUCCUGAAUUUAAUGCGGACGAUAAUGAAAUGCAACCAUUUCAAGUGCCAUCGACAGUUAUCACGACAACCAACGAAAUUACAACUCCUCGCACCAAGCGUCGACUGCGACUAGCGGAGACUUGUACUAGCUUUGAAAGUACAAUUGUCGAACAGAAACGUAUGCAAGCCCGUGAAAGAAUGGCUGCUAAGAGAGUUGCAGCUACAUCAGAACGAGCUCUUCUAACACCAGAUGAAGCCCAACAGCAGCGAGCAACUAUUCGUGAAAUAAAUGCAGCACGAAGAGCUGCCUUAACACCAAAAGAGAUUGAACAACAACGGUCACUUGCCGUUGACAGAAGCAUGGCUAAACGAGCCACUGCGACGCCGAUAGAAGCUGAAGAACAGCGAGUACUAGCUCGCGAGAGAACUGCCACCAGAAGAGCUGCCCGUGUGUCAGAAGAAGCCAAGCAACAACAAACUGUAGCUUACAAGACAACGCGUCUUCAGAAAACUGUCAAGCAGAAGCAAACAGUAAUGAAAAGAAAACCAAAUCAAGAUGCCAACGUUGAUUGGCCAAAGCCAGUUGAUAUGGACUGCAAAGUUAACUGUUUGAAGAACUUCAUACAGCACAUGUCCAUGGAUUCUCUAGCGGAGAGUGUAUGUGGCAUCUGUAAUAUUCGUCGCUAUAAGCGUGAGCUUCGUCAUGUACCUUUAAGUGAAAUUCCAUCGAUUGAAUUACUCAAGAUACAUCCCGAUCUUCACAACAUAAUUCCAAAAAUUCAGGAGAUUAACAGCUUCAAUUCAAACGACAGCAAUGUUCAAUCGUCAACGAAUAAUCAAUCAUUUACUUGUAUAAAUGGUAUGUUUUUCUAUGAAGCAGGAUUAUAUAAAACUGUUGAUAGAAAGAAACGCUCCAUGAUUCAUUGUGACGUUUGCAUGGAGUGCUGGUCAGCAUUGACGAAAGAAAAAAUACCCAAGUUUUCAGCUACCAAUAAAUUAUGGGUGGGAGAUAUACCAAAACAACUACAAGGACUAACCAUUCCUGAACAGAAACUUACUGCUCUGUACCGACACAAUAGUUGCAUUGUGAAAUUGCAGUCCCCUUUUCAUUCGACCAGCACAGCUCAGUCAGCUUUAAAAGGAAACUGCAUAAGUUUUCCGCAAGAUGUUAUUAACAUAACUACUACUUUACCAUUGGAAUUAGAUGAUUUAUGUGACUCUCUAAAAAUUAUUUUUGUCGGAUCUCGCAUGCCACAAAGAAGCCAACUAAAACAUAUUUUGACUGUUCGAAAAAAGAAAAUUUAUGAUGCACUCCAAUGGCUUAAUCAAAACAAUCCACUGUAUCGAUACAUUACAAUUAGUCAGUCAACAAUCGAUAAAUUACCUGAUGACGAUGUGCCAGAGUCAAGGGGGAAAAAGGUGAUUUAUGAUUUUGUGAUUUAA